AAAGCGCGAGAAACAAAGAGAGAGAAAAGGAGAGCAAAAAAAAGUGGAGAGAGAAAGAGAGAGAGAGCUGCAUAGGGAAAGCCAUGGCGGCCUGCGAAUUUCCAUGUAUUUCUUCCCCAUUUUCGCUAUUUCCGAGCUUUUUUGUUUCCCAUCUUUAAUUUCUCGGAAAACCCAUUACCUUGUUACUCGAAAAAAAACCAUUUCUAAAAAAAUUUGCAGACAAAAACCUUGGGUUUCCAAUCCCAGCUCACUAUAAAACCGUUCUCUUUCUUCGUUUCUCUCUCUAAAACCCAUUCCCCUUCUUCCUCUCCUCCUCUUUGUUUCCACUCAAUGAUAUCCUUAUUAUUACGCUUAAUCUUCGUCUAGCAUAAUCAUUAUCUAUUUAAUAGCAGUCUCAGUCUAAGAAUUAUUGGCUUUGCGUUCUAUUAGUGGGCUUAAGCAUUUUCCGGCAUGGCCAACGCGCCGGAGAAAAUGAUGGACGAGUUUCUAGAGCAGAUUCUGGCGAUUCCGGCUUACGCCGCACCAGAUGGAAAUUUUCCGGCGAACCAAGGAGGUUUUCCGGCAGCGAAUCACAUGGUUUUGCAGCUUGGUUCGGGGGAGAGUUCGGGUCAUGGGAGUGGUUUCUCGGGACCGGUUUUUCCGUUGGGGCUUGGCUUGGAGCAUGGGAAAAGUUGUUUCGCUAAACCGGAAGCGGUUUUGGGAGCGGAUAAGCGGUUUCGUGAUGAGCAUGAGGGCAAGGGCGCUACAAAAGCCGAACAUUUCGGCGGUUUAUUCCCGGUUUUUGGUGGCGUCCAUUCGCAUUCUCUUCGCCCAGAGGGCCCUCAGGCAGGGCAAGGAAUGGCGUUGCGGCAAGGGGGUGGGUACCCACAGCAAGGGAGCAGUGCGACGUCUUCAGGAGCAGCAGCAGCGCCGCACCCGCCCGCAGUACGACCAAGGGUGAGGGCCAGAAGGGGUCAGGCCACUGACCCUCAUAGCAUUGCUGAGAGGGUAGCAGGCGUUUUUCAUAAAGAAAGAAAUAAAGUGAUGGUUUACUUAUGUUUUUCCCUCAGUGUGAUUAUGUUCUUCCUAUUAGAUGACCAUCAACUCACAUUGUACAUUGUACUUUUACAGACUGAUAGGGCUGCUAUGCUCGAUGAAAUCCUCGAAUAUGUCAAAUUCCUGAGACUUCAAGUAAAGGUGCUAAGCAUGAGCAGGAUGGGUGGAGCAGGAGCAGUGGCUCAGCUUGUGGCGGACAUCCCAUUACCAGCAGACGAGGGGGAUGGGAGUGGUUGCAAGGAGGAGCAAGCAUGGGAGAGAUGGUCAACAGAGGGAACUGAGAGAGAGGUGGCUAAGCUCAUGGAGGAGGACGUAGGGGCAGCCAUGCAAUUUCUGCAAUCAAAGGCCCUUUGCCUCAUGCCCAUUGCCCUGGCCUCUACUCUCUACCACACGCGUCAAGGCUCGACCUCGUCCUCCGACGGUCCCACCUCACGUGCCAAACCCGAACCCAACUCCUUAUAGCUCUCCCUCUCUCUCUCUAACUUCCACUACAUUGUGCUCCCCACUAGCUGGACCGUGCCUAUGGGUCCACACGCAGCAGCCUUCCGAUUCCUCGGCAACUCAAGAGUAAUCAGGAAAUCUCCCCUCCUCUCUCUCUCGAUUGUUUUUCUUUUGAAAACAUGGUAAGGUGUAAUGGGUAGGAAGACAGAGAUGGGGGAUUGUCAAAGCUUUUGUCUCUUUUAGGGUCUAUUUUGGAUGUUGGUGGUGCUGUAAUUUUCUUUUGAAGGCUUUGGAGUGGGGGGUCCCUCCAAAAGUUAUGGAUGGAAAUAUAUUUAUAUGUAUAUGUUAUAA